CAACACACGGUGGGAGUGAGAGACAUAAACGGACAGUGAGUGUGAAAGAGAGGGAGGGAGGGAGAAAGAGGAGGAAGCAACUCCUGGUUGGACUUGUGUAGCACUUUUGUCAUUUGGGAAGUGAUACAAUUUAGACCGGCGGCUAAAUCGGACUUAGUUGUUGAACAUCUGUGCGUUUGGCUGCGAAGGUGACAGGCUGGAUGGAGCCGCUGCUGCCCGCAGACACGGAGCUGAUGGAGCCAGAGGCGGAUAAAGAUGCGAGGAGGAAGAUCCAGUUCUCCGUGCCUUCAUCCGUGCCGACACAGCUGGACCCGCGACAGGUGGAGAUGAUUCGACGUCGGAGGCCAACACCAGCCACACUCUUCAGAUUGACCGAUCCACCAUCACCUGAGGAAGACAUCGACCCGUGGGUUCUGGGUGAAAAUGGAGCUUUGAAAGCCAAACUGGUUCACACAACAACUUACCAGCCACCCUCACUAAAAGCUGUGCAGAGGAUGGCCCUGGCUCACCUGGCCUCCCUAGACAUGACUUCAGUGGACAAAGAGGAUUCCUCUUCUGGGGAGGAAGAGGAGGAACGUGAGAAGAAGAGCCAGCAGUCACCCUCAGCUACAGAUCCAAGGGAAGAAAGCCAAUCACUCAGGGAUCAGUGUGCUCAGCUGGACAGUUUGACAGAAACUGCUGAUCUCAGCCUUCACCGCAGUGAUGAAGAGGAGGAAAAAGGAGAAUGACAAAAGAACAGAGCACCGAUGAGAUGUGUUAGUUUGGAGCAGACUUGGAUAACACACGUGCGGGCCGUGUGUGUGCGUGCAUGGGUGUGUGUUGUUUGAGUCUGUGAGAGAGAAAGUAUAUCAGAUCGCAUUGAGGAAGGUCAGAAUAUUAAUGAGCAGGUAUGAAGAAAAGUGAAAUCUGAGACUUUUGAGGCAAAUGUAGGCCUUGGGCAACAGAGAAAGCAAGGGGAAAAUUCCAUUCAGCCAAGGACACUGCACAGGAAAUAUGAGAACUGCAAAGAACUGUGGCCAUUUCCUCAAGCAUUUUCUUUGUUUUAGGUUCAACAGAAUUCAACAGAAGUCUUGAGGGGUUGUAUUCCCAGAAAAUAUGUGAAGUACAAGACUUUUAUUAACCUUAUUCAUAUCAUACAGGUGUACGACAUGAUUCUGGUGCUAAAAACACUCACCUCAAAAGCAAUUAGAAAGUCGAAUGAUGUACACAGCCCAAGAUAAGAUAUAUAAACAACAUAUGUUGAUCAUUUGACAAACAUGAAAUAUUGUAUUUAAUAUGUAGUCAGUUCAUAACUGUUUUAUGGCCAUGGUGAGGGAGGUAUUUUAAAGUAUGUGUCACACAGUUCAACAAAUGAAUGUGAAGUCCUCAGGCUAUUGCAUAACAUAAUACACAUAUACUAUACACUAAAUGACAUGGUAUACUACAGUGUGAUAAGUAUACAGUGCACAGUCAUAUUGGAAAGGCAAACCCUUUUUUGGAAUUCAACCAAGAAAUUGUUAAAGAAAACCAAACCAUUCUUUCAGUUUGCUUUCUUCAACCUUGUAGACAUUUGCGUGCAAGGUCAAGGCGGUUGGAUUACAGACGAUCUGAGCGCAGCCACUCACAGCAGACCAGACUAAAUAAUAUCCGACUAAUCCAACUAAUCAUGAUAAUGCAGCACAGUUUUUCCGUUUUGAUAUUAUGAACAGGCUUUUUGUAACACAGAGAUUAGGAGGCAUGAUCCGUUUGGGAUGUCAGAGAUGAUUGGUGGGAACCAAAAUUAAACCUAUUUUUUCAGAAACUCUGAUGAGCAUGAAGGUUAAUUCUGACCUUGUAAAUAAAUUGUGUUUGUGUUUGUUGCUAAUCAAUAAAUUACAAUGGGUGUUUAAAAGGAUUCUGUAUGAAUGUACAAUCAUAUUUAUUUUCUAAGAAAAGAAAGACAAAAGGCCUUUUUUGGCUUUUCAGUAACCAAAUAGAGUCAAUGAGACAAUUUAGACUAAGUUCUUAACCAAGGUUACUGUUUAAAUAGACAGUUUAUUAUCAUUAUUCACACAUUUAUUUUACUUUUUUAUUAGAAAAAUCUGUGAAACAUAACACAUUUUUGGUGUAUUGCUGAUAUAUCAGAAGCAACUCAUGUUAACUUCUUAUAAUUUCAAAAAUAUAUUCUGGGAUGAAGAUCUAAAUUUGAUCAUUUUUAUCACAUGAUUUAACAAUUAAAGUUGAUACCAUAGCAAAUAUUAAGAUUAAAACAUUGGGCUGCUGACUUAAAGUUUACAUUAAUAUAAUGCUGUCAGUCUGAGAUAAGAAAACAUCAUGAAAUAAGAACUGCUUUAGAGUCUUUAUUCACAUAUCACAAAUUACAAACACGACAGGCAAUUCAUUAAUAGUUAAUCGAAAUAGAAGUAUAUCGAGAUAGAAGUAUAUCAAAAUAUACAGUUUAUAAACAGCGUGGAAAAUGCUAUGUUAUGUCAACAGGUGAUUUGUUUCAAACAAGAUGUACGCAUAUUAUUCUCAAUGCUGUAGUUGCUGUGUUUGAACUGCAGGAGGCAAUGUGUAAUUAGUUACAUUUCUAACUGGGAGCAACCAAAGGGAAUGUCUCCUGCUUAUUCACCCUCAGAAAAGACGUUUUAUGGACCAAUGAAAUAAAAUAGAAGGAAUCAAAAUGAUUCAUUCA